AACGAAUUUUUAACACGAUAGGUUAAGGCUACUAUAAAGGGGAGCUGAAUCAUCAUUCAUUUUGAAGCUAACUUGUUGGUAUUCGCUAUUGGAUUAGCACUGAUUUCUUGACAUAUUUGUGGAUCGAUUCCGACCUAAUUUUCAGAAGUAUGGGUGGUUGUGCUGCACCAUAUUGUUCGAAUCAGUCUAAAAAUAACUUUAGGAUGUUUCGUUUCCCUAGAAAUGAAGAAAGACGAAGAAAAUGGAUAGUUAAUUCUCGUCGAGAUCAAUGGAUCCCGGGCCCAGGAGCGUAUCUUUGUGAGGUACCUUUUGAAGAAAAUCAAUUUGAAUGCUCUAGGCAAGAUGGGCGUAAAAAACUCAAGCCCAAUGCUGUGCCAACUCUUUUCAAUGUGCCUAAUCCCCCACAACUGUUGACCCCACAGCAUCUAAAAGGCAUUGGUUUACCAAAGCAGCACCGUUCAGUUACAUCCAAUUUUUGUGGCUUGCUGCACAGUUUACCUUUAUCAACUGAAGCGAUUUCUGUUGCUGAACCAUCUGUUGUAAGUCUUCAUUUGAACAGUUAUUAA